GAUAGUGAAUAUUUCAUGGAAUUGUCGCUUGUCAAUUUUAAAUUUUAGAAUGAAAUACAUAAAAAUUUGAUAGAAAAGCAAGUUAAAAUUAAUCAUCCAAAAUGAAAACUGUAUUAAUGGUUGCAGAAAAACCAUCUCUUGCCGCUUCUUUAGCUAACAUAUUAAGCAAUGGGAAAAAUUCACAAAGAAAAGGUUUAAAUUCGGCAUGUUUUAUUCACGAAUGGACAGGAACUUUUAUGAAUAUGCCAGCUCAUUAUAAAAUGACAUCGGUAUGCGGACACGUAAUGAGUUUAGAUUUCCCCGGCAAAUUUAAUAACUGGGAUAAAGUUGAUCCUGUCGAAUUAUUUUCAUGCCCAACAGAGAAAAAAGAGGCAGCACCUAAAUUAAAAAUGCCAUAUUUUUUAGCGCAGGAAGCUAAGAAUUGUGAUAAUUUAGUUUUAUGGUUGGAUUGCGAUAAGGAAGGUGAAAAUAUUUGCUUCGAAGUAAUGAGUGCUGUAGAAAGUAGUAUGCGUGGUAAUGUGUACAGUAGUACAGUGACAUAUCGUGCACAUUUCUCGGCUAUUACAGAUAAAGAUAUUAAAGCGGCAAUGAAUAAUUUAGGGUAUCCAAAUAAAAAUGAAGCUCGAAGUGUGGAUGCAAGACAGGAAUUGGAUUUAAGAAUUGGCUGUGCAUUUACACGUUUUCAAACAAAAUUCUUUCAAGGUCGCUAUGGAGAUUUAGACGCAUCGUUAAUAUCGUAUGGACCAUGUCAAACUCCAACGUUGGGAUUUUGUGUACAAAGGCAUGAUGCUAUACAAACUUUUAAACCUGAACCGUAUUGGGUUUUGCAAUUAACCGUUAAAUCUAAAGAUGACAGAGAUAUUCAUUUAGAUUGGCAACGCGUUCGAUGUUUUGAUAAAGAUGUUGCUUUAAUGUUCUUAUCUCUCGUCAAAGGGCACAAAGAAGCGAAGGUUAUCAGUGUUACUAAAAAGGAAAAAGUUAAACCACGUCCAUUAGCCUUGAAUACUGUUGAGUUAAUGCGUGUUGCUAGCUCUGGUUUAGGAAUGGGACCACAUCAUGCUAUGCAAGUAGCUGAAAGACUUUAUGUUCAAGGUUAUAUAAGUUAUCCUAGAACAGAAACUACAUCUUAUCCAGAAAAUUUUGAUUUAGAAGGUGUUUUACGCCAACAACAACAAAGCAACGAAUGGGGCGCCGAUGUAUCUGAAAUAUUAAACAGUGGCGUUUGGAAACCAUUACGCGGUAAGGAUGUGGGUGACCAUCCUCCCAUUACACCGAUGAAGUUAGCGAACAGAGAAACAUUAGAUGGGGAUUCAUGGAAAUUAUACGAUUACAUUACUAGACACUUUAUCGGAACUUUAGCGAAAGAUUGUCGAUAUUUAAGUAUUACAGCAACCUUAGAAAUUGGUGGUGAAUUGUUUACAAGCAACGGAAAAAGUCUAAUGGAUCCAGGCUUUACGAAAGUAAUGCAUUGGCAGGCAUUAGCAAAAAAUGAAAUAAUUCCACCAUUUACCGAAGGUGAAGUUGUUUCUAUACAAGAUGAUAAGUUAGUUGAAUUACAAACGUCACCACCGGAUUAUCUAACGGAAUCUGAAUUAAUUACGUUGAUGGAAAAACAUGGUAUUGGAACUGAUGCUUCUAUUCCUGUUCAUAUAAAUAAUAUAUGCCAACGAAGUUAUGUGACUGUCACAAAUGGUCGUAAACUUGUUCCUACAACUUUAGGAAUUGUUUUGGUUCAUGGAUAUCAAAAGAUUGAUCCAGAUUUAGUAUUACCAACAAUGCGUUCAUCAGUUGAAGAACAAUUAAAUUUAAUUGCUCAUGGUAAAGCGAAUUUCGAUGCGAUUUUACAACAUACAAUCGAAGUAUUUCGACAAAAAUUUUUAUAUUUUGUAAAAAAUAUCACUGGUAUGGAUCAAUUAUUUGAGGUAUCAUUUUCACCACUCUCUGCAUCCGGGAAAGCACAUUCACGAUGCGGUAAAUGUCGACGAUAUAUGAAAUAUAUUCAAGCAAAACCACAACGAUUACAUUGUUCACAUUGUGAUGAAACUUAUAAUUUACCACAAAGUGGUAACAUACGAAUUUAUAAGGAAUUAAAAUGUCCAUUAGAUGAUUUUGAAUUGUUAUCAUGGACCAUGGGUAACAAAGGGAAAAGUUUUACAUUUUGUCCAUACUGUUAUAAUUAUCCACCGUUUAGAGAUAUGAAAAAGGGUAGCGGAUGUAAUAGUUGUAAUCAUCCAACGUGUCCACAAUCGUUGCUUAGUACAGGAGUAGCUAAUUGUGGGGAAUGUGAAGUUGGUGUACUUGCAUUGGAUCCUUCAUCUGGACCAAAAUGGAAACUUACAUGUAAUAGAUGUGACGUUAUCAUACACUUAUUUGAAGACGCUACAAAAGUAACAAUCGAAGAAGAUGAAUGUGAUUGUGGGGCACAAUUAGUGAAUGUUGAAUAUCGUCCAGAAAAAACAAAAUUACCAAAAGAAGCAACAGAAAUGAAAGGAUGUGUAUUUUGUUCAACAGAAUUCUCAUCAUUGGUUGACAAACAUAAGGCAAUUGCAUCUCGACCAUUUUCCGCACCGAAUCGUGCACGUGGUGGUCGUGGUGGUAAAGGUGCUCGACGUGGUCGACCAAAACAACCAAAAGAUAAAAUGGCUCAAUUGGCUGCAUAUUUUGUAUAGAUAUAUAUAUUAAUUUUGAAAAUUAAUUUAAUUAAUACAACUUA